GACAAGAAUAUCCUGCACAAUUUACCAUACAUUAUUGGUGGGACACUGAUGAUGCUCACAGUCGCACUGCUACUUGUAGCCAUCUUUGGUGCGGUUUAUUUCCGACGGAAGCAAAGACAAUCAGAACGCGAGAGAACAUCCAAAUCAUCCUGUCGUAGAUCUACCUCUGAAUCAAGGAGCCAGUUUUCUGAGGAACAGGCUCAUUUAUGCGGGAUUGAAUGGUGUAACGAUGAAUUGGAAUCUGUCAAGUAUGAAAAGGCGGUGAAUUGGGUGAAACUGAAAAAAUGCUCCUCAAAUCUUGAACCUCAAAUUCGUCUUCGUUUGCAGAAAAUCAAACGACUUCAAGAACACGAAAAAUCGCCACGCGUUCAAGCCGCCCAUCGUGCUUCACUGUACUCUAUCGAGGCAUCACUCUCCAAAAAAGCUGAUCGCGAUGCCAUUAAACAUCGCAAACAAUUCAAGUCGUACUAUGAAGUAAACCGAUAG